AUGGCGGCCUUGAGCUCAACGAUCGACUACGGCCCUCGACUGAACACGAUAAUCUGGCUGUUGGUGUCGUUGUCGGCUAUCUUCCUCUUCACGAGGCUGUACCUCAAGAACUGCCAGAAUCGGGGGCUUUGGUGGGACGACUACACCUUGCUUGCGUCGUGGUUGGCCCUGGCCGGCCAAGCCGGACUAGUCGCAUACAUUAUUGAGCUGGGCUACGGCAAAGACCCGGCCACCAUCCCAGCCGAGAACCUGGUCUUGUUCGGGCCCGUCGUCAACUCUCUGUCGACGCUGCUCGUCCUGUCGAAUCUCUGGGGCAAAACAUCGUUUGCCCUCACACUUCUGCGCAUCCCGACCCGCUGGAUGAGGUUCGCUGUUUUGUUUAUUCUCAUUUCGUUGACGGCCACGCUGGGCAUGAGUGCCGUCCUCAUAUGGACGCAGUGUUUCUUCAACAACGGCAGCGGGUGCAUCGACAUCGAGGUAUCCCUCGGUUAUAACAUGUUCUCCUGUGUAUAUUCGGCAACCAUGGACGUGCUGUUGGCCUUUUUGCCGUGGAAGUACAUCUGGUCCCUCGAGAUGAGCAAAAAGGAGAGGAUCGGAGUUGUGGUGGCCAUGAGCAUGGGCGUCUUGUAUGUGCACUGGUGUCCAUUCGCAAGCGUGAAUCUUCUUACCUGGGGCAACGCAGAAUCUGCGAUUUGCAUCAUGGCCGCCUCGAUCCCAAUACUGCGUGCCCUAGUCCGAGGCCACUUUGUAGCGCCACACCCAAGAGGGUACGAGACGGGAGAUUCGACGGCGAUGGCAGAGUCCGGCGUCGGAGCAAGCUUCAACAGCCGGACACAAAUAUUUUCUCGGUCCUGGUCGCCGCCGCCACGGCAGACGAACGAGCAACGGCUUAGUGCGAGCAACUUGAAAUCUCUCGACCGAACUCUUACCACCGGUAGCCCGGACCCAGCAGGACGCAAAUCUCUGGGCGAUGGGCAGGACGACUCCAGCGACAAGGACAGCAUCGAGCUAGGCUAUUAUCAAGCACAGCCCCUCAGUCCCACCGACUUUGUCCGCCGAGGGAUGGUGUGA